CACAAGAUACAAUUGGGCAAGAUUUGUGCAUGAUGAGCUUAUGAAAGGGGUUAAAAAAUUCAAGAAAAAAAAAUACAUUAAGUAUUGAUGGUUGUCUUUAUGUUUUGAUGAUUAUCUAUUACCACAAAGACACAUUUGGAGAUAAGGAAAAUUAUAUGGGGCCUCCACCACCAUGGAUUGCUUAUUGGGAUAAAGAAAAACUUGCAAAGAAGUUGACACAGGAGUCAUCAAAGCAAAGGCCAACGGGUAUUGUUACCCUUUUAGUUAAGCAAGGUGGUGUUGAUGCUAAAUUUGCAAAGAACACAACAAGAACACCAACUAAGAAAAGGGGGGCGAAGGAGCUUAAUAAAGAUAACACAACGAAGGAAAAGAAAGAAAGAUUUGAUGAACAAAAUAAUGACAACAAAAUGUCAAAGGAAGAUGAUAAUGUAUCAGAUGAGCAAAAAGAUAAAGAAAGUGAUGCAAAGCAAGAUGAUGAAAAAGAGGUCAAAACAAGGGAAGACAAAAAAGAUGAAAACAACAUGAGAUCGCCAAUGAGAUCACCUAGCAAUAUGGAUGAUGCAAUAAAAUCUGAAUGGAGAGAAAUUGUGCAAAGUGCAGUACAAGCUUUCUUAGAAAUAGAAGACUGUGAUAUAUAUAUACCUUCUCCAAUCAAGAAGACACAAAAACCUGUGGUACCAUCAAUUCCAUCAUUCUCCCUAAUGAUACAUGAGGAAAACAAAAUAGGGGAAGAAAAAAAGGUGAUAGAUGAGAAAAAUAAAAUAGGGGAAGAAGAAAAGGUGAUAGAGGAUAAUAAGUUAACAGAAGUAGAUAAGGAUAAGAUAUACUUUUGGGCAACAGACGAUAGGUUGAACAAGGAUGAGACUUUGUGCAUCUUAAAAGAUAUACCUAGAGCAAUGCUUGUUAGGGAGGAUAUCAUGUCAAUGUUGCCAAGACAUCAGAUAAACAAUAUGGGAGAGAUGUUCUCACAUUGGGGACACUUGAUCAAAAGAAAGAAAAAAAGUUAUGUACUUCUUCCCGAUGAUUUUGGAAAGAAUGGUGACAGCUUUUUUGAGCAAAAGGAAAUUCCAAAACAUAGAUGGUUAUUGGUGCCGUGUUGCUAUGACUAUCACUGGUGGCUAUAUACUUAUGACAUCUAUGAAAAGAGACUUUUUGUCUUGGAUUCCUUGUAUAAAGAGGCUAAAGGAGAUAGGGUGCAGUUAGACAUAUAUGCGAGCAAAUUGAUUCAACAAAUGGUCUCAAUAGCUGUGCCAAACUAUGAGCUACCAAAGAAUGACCUGAUCCCAAUUUAUUUGAAUCUUCCUAGAUAA